AUGGCAUUUGCUAAUGACAGUCUUGGGAGUGGGGAGGAGUGUGCUGGGGCAUUACCAAAGUGCCUUGGAAAACUUGCUCAAUUGCAUCUUGUGAUGGAGGCUAUUGCAGCUCCAAGUCUACUCAAGGAAGUAGAAUUUUUAGCAAAGGAGAAAUUAGAGCUUCAGUGUCAGGCAGAAAAAGAUCAUUCCAACUUACGCUCUCAAAUGAAAGUUUUGGAGGUGGAACUGGAAGAACAGCUGCAUACUAAUCAAGACCUGGCUACACAGUUGUUGGAGGUUGCUGAAUUAAAACAGCAAAUUCAAGUUCUUGAAAAACAGCUUAAAAAACAACGGCAAUUCAUGGAUAACUAUGAAUUGAUUCUACAGGUAGAAUCUUUGCAAGCAGAAAUAAAAGAGAAGAUGGAUGAUUACAAUAAGUUGUUAUUAGAAAAGGAGAAAAACCAGCAAGAAAUUACAGCUCGUGAUAAAGAGAUAGAAGAACUGCUGGCACAGAUACGAGAACUGGAGCACAGCGGAACUGAAGUCUCAAAGACUGUGCGCUACUUGGAACAACAACUGCAAAAAAUGAAGAAAGUGGAAACCGAAUUAAAACAAGAUAAAGAGGCAUUGCAACAGCAGCAGUACAAUAACCUGAUUCAGAUCUCUGCCCUACAGUCUAAAUUGGAUGAAGCAAGGCACAGAGUACCAGCAGAUGGCAGUUGUGCCCCAGUGCUGAAGGAGCAGUUGCAGGCAGAGCAGGAAGCACUUCAGAGGAAAGAGAGAGAGAUUGCAAGCUUGUUAGACCAACUAGAACAAUAUAAAGAUAAUUUGAUCAGUAAAAAAGAGGAGAUAUUGCAGCUGAAUUUGCAGUUAGAGAUGCAAAAAAACCUUAGCACUUCCAGCAUCAGCCACCUUCAGUUAGAGAAUGCACAACUGAAGGAUCUAACAAAACUUCACAUGAAGCAAAAUCAGAACCUGGAUAUUGGUGAUUCCUCAGCUUUGUCAUUCCCACAAGCACUACUCAAAGAAAAGAAUCAAGAAAUCGAUCACUUGAAUGAGCAGAUGAAUAGACUCCAGCAUGAGCUGGAGAAUAAAGUUGUGGAAGACCAAAAAUCUGAAAUUGAAGAACUCGGAUCACUUGUUGAACACCUUCGUGGUGACCAAGAAAGGCUGCGUAAGGACAAAGAUGAAGAGGUAGAGCAACUCCAUGGAGUCAUUGAGAAGCUUCAAAAAGAGCUGGCACAACUUGGACCAGUAUGUCACGAAGUUAAUGAUGACCAAGAUGAUCUCUGUCCACAUGCCCUGGGAAUGCCAGUGAGAAACCUUCAGAAUGAGUUGAAGAAGGGACUGGCAGAUUAUCUGGGUGAUGAUAUUGGUCGAAACAGAAGAAACCCAUUUCUACUCUCCAAACAAGAGUGCAGCCUUUUCCAAACACGUUUGUCUUGGACAGAGGCUGAAGCAAGGAUGGCUACUUCUCACCUUCGAGAACUUGAAGAUACUGUAAGAGAAAGUGAAGCAACUAUUCUAGAGAAAGAGAUGCAAAAGAAGACACUGGCAGAGUUGCAGUACUUAACAAAAAAGGCAGCAGAGCAUCAAACUGAGCUGGAAAAGAGAGAUGCAAGUCAGGCUCAAGAUGUUAAUAGUCUUCAAUUAGAAGUUUCUACACUUGAUUUCCAGGUGCAAGCACUGGAUCAGAAAGAAGUAGCUUAUCAGAGAGAAAUCAAUGAACUGCAAGGUAGCACUCCAAAACUGAAAGAUCAAAUCAAGGCAUAUGAGAAAGAGCUUGAAGCCUUACGAUUGGAAAGAGGUGGACUUACUUCAGAGUUGGAGUUGUACAAGCCAAAGGAACAACAUGAUCGUGAAGAGACUAAGCUUCUCAAGCCAUUCUGCCAGAGAGAAAGAAAAGGUGUAGCCCUUAAAGGAAUGGAGGAACUGGAAGAACUGGAAGCAAAUACCGAUCAGUCAUUUGCAGUAGCGGCUUCCCCUACUGAUAACCUGGGAGAGGUGAAGACUACGAACAAUUCACAGAAUGAAAAGAAUUUAAUUGUAAAGAUGUCACCUCAUAAAGAAGAACUUAAAUCUGAAUUAGGUUCAGCAAAAAAGGAGUUAGGAGUCAAUGAAGAGAGAAGUGGUAAAAUUUUGAAGGAUAUAAAG